AUGUCAUUACAACAUUCGUGCUCGGGUCAAAACUCGCCGCAGGACUUUCUCGACGCGCACAACAAUGCGCGCCGGCAGGUCGGGGUGGGCCCCAUGACGUGGGACCCAGCCGUGGCCAGCUUCGCCCAGAACUACGUCAACAGUAGGCUCAGAGACUGUAACCUCGUCCACUCGACCAACCGGCCGUACGGCGAGAACCUGGCGGCAGGCUCGGGCGACUUCACGGGUCGGGCGGCCGUGGACUUGUGGGUUAGGGAGAGGCAGUUCUAUAACUACGGUUCCAACUCGUGUGUCGGGGGAGAGUGCCUCCACUACACUCAGGUGGUGUGGCGGAACUCGGUCCGACUAGGGUGCGCGAGGGCUCGGUGCAACAACGGGUGGUGGUUUGUUUCGUGCAACUACGCACCACCAGGCAACUAUGUGGGCCAGCGCCCUUACUAA